UGAGAAGCAAGCACAAUCUAAACACUUCAGUGUAUGCUGCAUGUCCUUAUUCAUCACCGGGGGGGUCAACUCCUGAGGAGCGGAUGAAGAAACAAAUUUUGCUUUUAUUCACAUUUAGAGGGAUAGUGAGAAAAGGCAAAAAAGGGAAAAAAAGAAAAUGGCCAAUUUUAUAUUACGGAAGGCCCAACCAAAUGACGUGUGUGAUAUCUUGCGACUCAUAAAGGAACUUGCCAAUUUUGAAGAGAUGGGGGAGCAGGUCAUCCUGACAGAGAAAGAAUUACUUGAAGACGGCUUUGGAGAGCAUCCGUUCUACCACUGCUUGGUUGCUGAAGUCCCAAAAGAAAAGCAAACACCUGAAGGAUACACUGUAAUUGCCUUUGCCAUGUACUACUUCACCUAUGACCCUUGGAUUGGAAAGCUACUGUACUUAGAAGACUUUUUUGUCAUGCCACAGUUUCGGGGGUUUGGUAUUGGCUCAGAGAUCCUAAAGGUCUUAAGUGAGACGGCAGUGAGGACUCGCUGCAGCAGCAUGCACUUCAUCGUGGCAGAAAACAACACAAAGUCUAUUGAAUUCUACAAGAGAAGGGGGGCUGCUGACCUGUCGUCCGAAGAGGGGUGGCGCCUUUUUGCUAUUGACAAGGAGGAGCUGUUGAAAAUGAGCAACGAUUGAGAAGUUUAUCUUAUUAUUACAUAGAAAUGUAUAAGUGUAUCCUGCAUGGUACGGAUAUAGCCUGUAGUAUACAGUACAAAACCAUGCUCAAUGUCCUGUAAAUCUAACAUGAAGUGUAAAAUGCAAAUUCUACUGAUUCAACUUCUGACUGCGUGAAUCUCGAGUGAUGUUAUAUUGGAAAAAGAUUUGUAUUGGAUUUUUUCUUCUUUUUAUAUGACAGGAAAACAAUGUGUUUUUAUUUACCACUCCAGUAUGUAUUAAUUCAUAUAUUGAUCACAAGUGGGGGGGCAGGGGGGGG